UGAAGGCAGCAUGUUAUGAUAUCUACCCAACCAGGAAGACGCAGGGACUCAGCACUGUGAAGGCAAAGGUAGUACUGUCAGCGGUCUGGUCAUUCCAUGGGAUUCCCCAGGCUUGAAUUACUCUAUGUAAUAGGACCAGGAAAAGUACAAGAAAGUAGAGCGACCUUGUUUACCCCUGCCAACACCUAUAUAGUGCCCGUUUACCGGAAUGGGCAGCCAGGAGGUGGGGCAACUACUGGAAGGAUGCCUCAGUGCUGCAGAGGCUCAUCAGUCCACUCCGUUGUCUGAAGCACACAGGAUGAACUACUGUCACUGCAGAGACUCGCUGUGUGAAGAACUGGCUUCCUUGCUGCAGGAGGCCACUGAAAUGAAGUGGCCGUUUGUGCCGGAGAAGUGGCAGUACAAGCAGUCCGUCAGCGCCAAUGACAAGACCAACCUCAACGACCUCAUUAGCAAGCACCUACCUCAACUACUGAAUGUACUAAAGGCAUCCAUCAUGGCUGGGGAGGCACAGUCUGCACUGUCCGUUGUCUUCCUAGUGGACCGCUUCCUCUACUGGACCGACGAGUCCAGCCGGCUGCUCAGGAUCACCAGGCGGCUCCACAAACACUACCCUGACACCCCCAUAGCCCCCCAGUUGGUCAUACGGCAGGCCAGGGUCUACCUUAACUCUGGUAAACUCCAGAAGGCUGAGUACAUACUGAGCAAUUUGAUUAACAACAGCGGGACAACAGGUUGUUGGAUAUACCAGUCUGAAACCGACAGGGUUCUUGUGCAGGCUGUUAGCGUUCAAGUGCGUGGAAUGGUUUUGCAAAAGCUAGGCCUCUGGCUACAGGCUGCAGAGCUAAUCUGGGCUUCUCUUGUUGGAUUUUAUGCACUUCCUCAACCUGAUAAAAAGGGCAUUGGAACCUCUCUCGGCUUACUGGCCAACAUAUUGGUGUCUAUGAAUGAUGAGGACUUCCAUGCUUUAAGGAGUAAUCCAGACAUUGAUUUUUCUUUACUUGGGGACGGGAGUCAUCGUCUUCUUUCAGCAGCCCAGGCGGCUAAGAUGGCAGUGGUAUACAGUCAAUACACUUCACUCUUUGUGUUGACCAAUGUGACAGCCCAAGGGACCUGCUUGCAAUCAUACAGUUUCUCAGUGGAGUGCCCUGCCUCUCAGAGACAGACAUUCCUCCUAGAGGCUAAAGAAGCAUUUGCUAUUGGCCUGCUCACCAAAGAAGAGGGCGAUCUGGUCACAAGCAAGCAGGAGCUUCAUACCUUCCUCAAGGCUGCCUAUUCCCUCACUGUCACUCACAAAUGGCUUGGCACUCCUCCGGAGGUUGUGACACAGGCAGAGCAAGCUUGUCACAAAGCUUUGGCACAUUUCUAUGAAUACUGCCAUGCGGACACCCAAAACAAAGACAGCCUCUGUACUGAAAUCAUGCACCUGGUUGCCCAAGUGAAACAUCUACUGCAAGUGAAGCCUUUUCCUAAUUCAGAUAAGGGGUCAUUUAUUCCCGACAGCUACAGAAAUAUCAAAGACACCUUUGUAAAUUUCACUCUGGCCGGGUUCUCAAAGAUAAUUAAGAGAUUUCAGAAGUACCAUGCAUCAGUAUGUGAGACUGCCCACACAAACUGUACAACUAAAAAUGAGAGCGAUAAGGCAAAGCUGUGUAUAACAGGCAUUGCGACAACCAUUGGUACACUCAGCAGCAUUGCCAAUGGACAUGGAGUGAAUGUGAGCAACCAGGCUACUGUGACUGGCAAGGACAGAUCAGAGAGCGAGUCGCAAUCUCCAGAAAAAAACAAGAAGCAAAAUGCACAGGGGUUCAACUCCUGCGUCGGUUCCCACGCAAUUCCAAGAUCCACAAAACCUGUCACUUCCUCCUCCACUGGGGGUAGUUGUUCAGAAGAGUUUGAACUGGUACAGGCUGAUAUUGAGACACAGGUUGAUCAGAUAACCGAUGUUGUUGAUGUGGGGCGAAAACAGGAUGUAGCUGAAGGAGCAGUGCAGUCUUUAUCCCAGCUAACUUUUAAAACAUCCUCUAGCUCUCUCAGCGAUAGUUUCAGUUCCCAGUCAUCAUGGGAGAUAAUCCCAGCCGACCUGAAAUCCUCCACAAAUGGAAAACCACAGCCGAGUAGCAGAUCAAAAGCAGGAACCAUCCAUCACAGUUCAUCACAAGAUUCCGAUGGGAGCUUCUUCCUCUUGGAAACCCCCAAUUCUGAAACUAGCGAGUCAGCUCUUGAUCACACGUACAAAGACCACGUAUCUGGAUCAAAAGCCAAAGUCAUGUCAAAAUUACAACCUCUGGAGAACAUUAAGCCUGACGAAUAUGCUGAAACUGAAGUUGAUCCCGAACCUGUAAAGCCUGCAACCCCACUCAAACCUUCAAGGGCAGAACAGUGUGCUGUCUCAGAAACGUCCUCAGAAAGUUCCUUUGAGGAGCUAGAGUGGAAUCAAAGUGGACACCAACACAAUGAUGUGACUAAUACAGAAAAUGUCAGUGUUCCCCAAAGGAAGAACCCCUUAUGCCACAGCUGCCUAAACCACAGUAAUAUGUCUGGUGUCCCUGCGAGACAGUAUUUGCUGUCACAGCAGGACUACCAAGCUCUCCUGGCUGGAGUUUGCCAUGAAUGUCUACUGAAGAGGUUGCACAGUGAUAAGGCACAAUUCAAACUCAAAGGGCACGGAACUUCCCACAGUGCUCUUCACUUAAAGUUCUCCAAGGCCUCGGGGCUGUGGACAGCCAGGGAGACGUGCGUUUACAUCGGAGAACCGAUGGGGAUGGAGGGCAAGCAGAGAAGAGCAAUAUGGGUCCAGUUUCUACACCAGGAGGAGAGGUUAAGCAGUUAUGUGGGGAAAGAUUACAUAAAGCCAAGGGGGAUCCAGUUUCACCUGAAAGAUGUGGAGAGGCAGAUGACUGCCCAGUACUAUGUGACUGAAUUCAACAAGAGUCUCUACGACAAAGAGGUCAUGGCUCAGAUCUUCUACAUUCCCUCAGAGGCACUACUGAUUUUGGAGGGAGAUGAGAUUGUGGACUGUGUGACGGUGGAGCCCUACAUGCUGGGAGAUUUUGUCAAACUGACCAACAACACAGGACGCAAAAACAACAGCAUCCAGGCUACAGAAUAUGGAAUCGCCUUUGGACACUUCACCUACCUCUUUUCUUACGGCCAGGAAGUUGUUGUCGACUUGCAAGGAUGGGCGACAGCCAAUGGUAAAGGCUUAACCUACCUCACUGACCCCCAGAUUCACUCCACCAGGAUCCCCAAAGGGCCGUCUAACUUUGCCGACAGGGGUCUCAUGUACUUUGUGGACGAGCAACAUGGACCGGAGUGCAACGGGAUCUGCGAGCUGCUCAAACUACCUCCACUGACCACACAGCCACAAGCUCUUCCUCCUCAGAAGAUUUGAGGAGUUGUUGAAAAUAUUAUUUUAAAACCAUGGACCAUAGGUCUUCAACAGGGGGUCCGCAGAAGCACUGCAGGUGGUCACAAAAUAUUUGGAUGAUUAGACAUUUUUAUAUAUUCUUUAAAUUUUCCUCAACAAAUUUAAAUGUCUUUAAAUAGUCAUUAACACGAAUCUAUCAUAUUUUAAUAAAGUUAUAAGGGAUAGUUUACUAUUGAAUGUAAAAU